AUGCAUAAUGAUUCAAAAUUUUCAUCUGAUAAAUGCCAAUGGAAGUUUCAUCAUUAUUCUCCUAGUCCAUGGGAAUUAUAUUGGUAUAAUAAUAUAGAUGUUUUACAAAAUAAUGUUUGUCCAAAAUUAAUAGAAAAUGAUCAAUUAAAUAAAAGUAUUCGAUCAUUAGAAUAUAUUAUUAAUUUACAAAAAACAAUUUAUAAUAAAUCAUUUUUAUCAAAUGAAUAUGAUGAACUUUUUUCUAAAAUGUAUUAUCAAUCUGAAUGUUCAAGUACAUCACAAUCAGAUCGUAUGGUUUCACAAUAUAUUGAACCACUUAUUGGUCUACUUCGUGAUCCUUUAACAAUAUGUUCAUAUCAAAAUCUUCCUUCAAAACUUCAAACCAGUGAAGAAAAUGGAGUACAAUCAAAACGUUUCUUUCUUCUUGGUCCAUCAGCACCAUAUAAUAAUUUUCAAACAUCAACAAUAUCAAUUGCUCCAUGGCUUUAUCAACAAGAUUCACAAAAAAUUCUCAUGGAUAUUGGUGCUUCACUUUUUAAUGGUGUAAAUGAUCCAAAUACAGUUAGUUCACUAAUAGGUGCACGCUGGUUUUAUGAAUAUUUUCGUUUACAUUCAUUAUCAUUUGAUCGUAUAAUUGCAUUUGAAGCAACUCAAUAUUCACCACAAACAUAUUGGCAACAAAUACCUGAUGAUAUUAUUGGUUUAUUAACAUUUAUUAAUGUUGGUGUAGCAAACACUGGUAAAUUUAAUCCUUGGAAUAUAUUAAAAUCAAUUGCAAAAAUAAAUGAUUAUGUUAUUAUUAAACUUGAUAUUGAUAAUUCAAUAUUAGAAAAUGAACUUAUACAACAAAUUCUUAAUGAUAAAUCAAUAUCUUCACUUAUUGAUGAAUGUUUUUUUGAAAUGCAUGUUACAGUUAAUGAAAUGAAACGAUAUUGGGGCGCUCCACAAGGUCAAUUAAAAGAUAGUUAUAUAAUUUUUACUAAAUUAAGACAAUUAGGUAUACGAAUGCAUUCAUGGCCAUAG